CCAUUCUUUGUUAUCUAGUUAAACCCCCGAUCAUUAUGGAUGCACAGUAUGACAAAUUAUCCCAACAACAAAUAAAUAUCUUACAAAUUGAGAAGGAAGCACAGCCAAAACAAAGUAUUACCUACAGCAAAGAUAUGGGGCUGCUUUCAGCUUCCAGUUCCAAUAGUGACAGCAGCUCCGAUGUGGGUCGUGAGAAAUGGGGCAAAGAAAUUGAGUUUCUAUUCUCCUGCAUUGCCUUGUCCGUGGGUCUGGGCAAUGUGUGGCGUUUUCCCUUUAUAGCUUUGGCCAAUGGUGGGGGAGCUUUUGUUAUACCCUAUAUUAUAGUAUUAUUACUAAUAGGACGUCCCGUUUACUAUAUGGAAGUGAUAAUAGGACAAUUUUCCAGCAGGGGGUGUAUAAAGGCCUUCGAUAUGGUGCCUUUAAUGAAGGGCAUAGCCUAUGGCCAGGUUUAUGCUACAGCAUUGGCCACCACCUAUUAUGCCAGUAUUAUGGCUUUAACUUUGAAAUAUUUAUUAGCCUCUUUGUCGGAUGUUUUACCUUGGACCUAUUGCCUAACAGAAUGGGGAGCUACUUGUAUAGCCACCUCAGAGUCUUUAGAGCAGGGUAAUUCUUCACACAUUAAACGUAUUUCGUCGGCUGAGUUAUUUUUCACCAAAACGGUUUUGCGGGAAAGUGACAAUAUAAAUGAGGGCUUGGGUUCCCCCAAUUGGGAUUUGGUGUUGUGUUUAAUGGUGGCCUGGCUGAUUAUUGCUGUUAUUCUAAUCAAAGGCAUACGCAGUUCGGGUAAAGCUUCUUAUUUUUUGGCCAUAUUUCCCUAUAUAGUGAUGUUUAUUUUACUGGGACGAGCUUUAACAUUGCCAGGUUCUUGGGAUGGCAUUGUGUAUUUUUUGAAGCCUCAAUGGAGUGAAUUAUUAAAUCCAAAUGUUUGGUACAAUGCCAUAACACAAAUGUUCUUCUCACUGGCCAUUUGUUUUGGUACCUUGGUGAUGUAUGCCUCCUUUAAUAAUUUCCGUAAAAAUAUUUAUCGAGAUGUCAUCAUUAUAACCAGCGUUGAUUCGGUGACCUCCAUUUUGGCGGGUUGCAUUAUUUUCGGCAUUUUGGGCAAUUUAGCCUACGAAACCAAUACCUCGGACAUUGCCAAUGUGGUAAAGGGCGGUGCAGGUCUGGCUUUUAUCUCUUAUCCCGAGGCUAUAGCCAAAUUUAAAGUUUUACCUCAAGUCUUUGCUGUGCUGUUCUUUUUGAUGCUUCUGGUUUUGGGUAUGGGCAGUAAUAUAGGCAUGGCCUCGUGUGUUAUCACCGUCAUAAAGGAUCGUUUUAAUCAUUUGCCGCAUUGGUUCUUGUCGACGGCCAUGGCUGUGGUGGGUUUCUUGUGUGGCAUUGUUUAUAUGACACCGGGUGGUCAGUUUGUGUUGAAUUUGGUGGAUUUCUUUGGCUGUUCGUUUAUAGCGUUAUUUUUGGCCAUAGCCCAGCUGAUAGCGGUGGCCUGGAUUUAUGGUGUGAAACGUCUUUGUCAGGACAUUGAAUUUAUGCUGGGCGUUAAAACCAGUCUGUAUUGGCGUAUUUGUUGGUCCAUUAUUACGCCUGGUUUAAUGUUUUUGGUGUUAAUUUAUACCCUGAUUACAUUAAAACCCUUGGAAUAUAAAGAGGUGGCUUAUCCCCAGCUGGCUUAUAAUUUAGCCUGGCUAAUGUGGGGCAUUGGAGUGGGUCAGUUGCCCCUAUGGGCCCUCUAUACAAUUUAUAAACAGCCAGGGGAAACAUUAAAGGAGAAAUUCUCCAACUCCUUGAAGCCGUGCGGUCAUUGGGGCCCCCUGGAGCCCAAGCUGUUAGAGGAAUAUUUAUCAUACAGAAAAACCCUAGAGCAAGACUAUGAAGCUGAUGCAAGUUUAUGGGCCCGAAUUUAUAAUAAUAUUUUCCAUUAGUUACAAUUUUUGUUUAAAUUUAGUUUAAUUUUAUGAUGAUUUUUGUAUUAAAUAUUAAUUAGUAUUAACUUUGUUACAGUGCCAAACAAAAGUGUAGAAGCAAUUUAUAAAUGUUUAAUAUUUUCUAAGAAAAUAUUAAAAAUAUUAAUAAAAAUUAUAAACAUUU